AGUAAUGAAUUUCUAUACCAUACCAUUCACCUAGGGCAGUGGUAGAUCUUAAAGACAAAGAUUGAUUGAUUUUGUUUUCCUUUCAAAUUCCUUUUACCAAGAGACAGAGAUAAUAAAACACUACUUAUAUUUGAGAGGUGGUGAUGGUUGUGGUCAAGAGGACCAGCUAAAAAACAUAAUGUCCAAGCAAGGUAAGGAAAAGCUCUGGGGCAGACUAUAACCAUAACAGCAAACACUAUGAACCAGACACUUUAUCAACAGUUUAUCAACCCGUAAAAGCUUAUUACAGCUACGGAGUGGCUCAUGCCUAUAAUCCCAUCACUUUGGGAAGCUGAGGUGGGUGGAUCACCUGAGGUCAGGGAGUUCGAGACCAGCCUGGCCAACAUGGUGAAACCUGUCUCUACUAAAAAUACAAAAUCAGCUGGGCGUGGGGGCGUGAGCUUACAAUCUCAGCUACACGGAAGACUGAGGCAGGAGAAUCUCUUGAACCCAGGAGGCGGAAGUUGGUUGCAGUGAGCCGAGACCGCGCUAUUGUGCCAGCUUGGGCAAUGGAGUGAGACUCUGUCUCAAAAAAAAUUAUUACAAUCCUAUGAACUAGCUACUGUCAUUACUAUAAUGUAGAUGAAGAAAAUGGAACACGGAGAGUUGACAAAACAUCCCCAACCACACACUGGGAAUGAGUUGGUAUAGAAAUCCAAACACUCUGGCUCUAUUACUCUAAAUGCCACACACAGGAGCUGACUUCAGAAAAAAGAGAAAGUACUGGUCGCACAAUACUAACUGGUUCUACGGCCACUGUUCCCUUGCAUUUUCUUUUCCUUCUUGUUAGGAACACUUAUAUUUGAAGGAGGUAUCAUUUCUCCCACAAUUCACUUAACGUUUCCUCGAGUGUAAGCACCACUGAGGCCGCUCACAGCCCCAGAAUAGAAGUAAUCUGCCUCCGAGAAAUCUUCACUGUACCCAGAUUCCCUCCCAGAGGAGCCAUCACGUCUCACGGGUGGUACUCUCUUCUCCGGCUGAUUACACUUUUUAUCUGUACCAGUUAAUUUUUCCAGCUUCUAAUUGAAUAAAAGCAGUUUUCUUUAAAAAAGAAAGAAAAAAGAGAAAGAAGAGAAAAGAAAGAAAGAAAGAAAGAAAGAAAGAAAGAAAGAAAGAAAGAAAGAAAGAAAGAAAGAAAGGAGAGAGAGAGAGAAAGAAAGAAGACCGAGAAGGAAAGAGAGAGAAAGGAAGGAAAGGAAAAUAAGAAAUAGAAGGGACCUGCAGAAACGAUUUACCACGCGCAGCUGACCCUGGGAGGAGCCACAGGAUGAACCAGCGCCUCCCAGGCUGGACGCCCGCUCGGGACACCGCAGACAGUCCCACCCUCAAGGGCGACACCAACUCUUCUGAAUUUCGGAAAGAACCUUUUCUAGAGGGACCGGAAACCCGGUGGGGACCGCGGCGGGAACGGACUGCCCUACCAACUGUUCUUCCGGGUCCGGAAGGUGAUCUCCGCCCAUGCUCAGAAUCCAGGGGCCCGGGGCCGUAGGUAGGAGUAAAAUGGGUGGGGUCCCUUAACUAAGGUCGUCCAGUCCAGGUGGCGUGUGUUUGGCCUAACGUGUCAGUGGCACAAAUCACGCGAAUUCAUAAACAUUGCCCGUUCGGAAGCCUUUCUAAGAUGCAUUUAAUCCCUGCAUGAGCCCACGUUAGGCAUUCACGAACGCAUGUGCGCUGUUUUCUCGGAAGCCGCCGGCUGGCUAUCCCUCCUGGCGCGCCGCUGCGGGUGCCAUUCCUCACGUCCCAGUCUACCCUGAAGCCAAGGGCUUCUGGGCUCCAAUUUGAGGCGAAGCCACCCCAGAGCCGUAAUUUUUCUGCAGUGAUUUAUUUUUACCUUUCAGAUUCCUUGCCAAGAAUAUCCUAGCGGCGAAACAGCACCUUACGGGGGUCAGAACGUCUGGGUUCUAGUCUUGACUACCAUUAACUCGCGAGAUCGGGAAAAUGAGGCCCACGGGAAACAAGUGACUUGCCCAGUCCAGAUAACACUUACUAUCAGAGAGAAACAUGAACCAGAAGCUACUGAAGUUGGAGAACUUGCUACGAUUUCACACUAUUUAUAGGCAACUGCACAGUCUGUCUCAAAGAAGAGCAUUAAGACAGUGGAGGCAUGGGUUUUCAUCUCUGUACCCUGUGUGGACAGCUCAGCUGUAUCCCUGGCCCUGGCCAACAGAUGUGCUCACUGGGGCUGCUUUAUCUCAGCAUAGGCUUCUAGUAACAAAAAAGGAAGAAAGACCACGGAAAUCUCAGUUGUCUUCAACAAAGUCUAAAAAGGAGGUAGAAGUAUGGCUUGGAAUGACUGUUGAGGAACUGGGCAGGGCAAUGGGAAAAAACACAGAUUUUGUAUAUGAAGCUUUGUUGAACACUGCUGCUGACAUAGAUUCACUGGAAGCAGACUCACCUUUAGAUGAAGUCUGGAUCAAAGAAGUGAUAAAGAAAGCAGGGCUGAAGUUAAAGUGGAGUAAAUUAAAACAGGACAAAGUCAGAAAAAAUAAAGAUGCUGUAAGAAGGCCCCAGGCAGAUCCAGCUUUAUUAACCCCAAGGUUCCCAGUUGUUACUAUAAUGGGACAUGUUGAUCAUGGGAAAACGACGUUACUUGACAAACUUCGAAAAACUCAAGUGGCAGCAAUGGAAGCUGGAGGCAUCACUCAGCACAUUGGUGCCUUUCUUGUGUCUCUGCCUUCUGGGGAAAAGAUAACUUUUCUUGAUACUCCAGGACAUGCUGCUUUCUCAGCGAUGAGGGCCAGAGGGGCUCAGGUCACUGACAUUGUCAUAUUAGUUGUAGCUGCAGAUGACGGGGUGAUGAAACAAACUGUAGAAUCUAUUCAGCAUGCCAAAGAUGCUCAAGUUCCUAUUGUCCUUGCCAUAAAUAAAUGUGACAAAGCUGAGGCUAAUCCUGAGAAAGUGAAAAAAGAACUGCUGGCUUAUGAUGUGGUGUGUGAAGAUUAUGGAGGUGAUAUUCAGGCAGUGCCUGUCUCUGCACUUACGGGUGAUAAUCUGAUGGCUUUGGCAGAAGCAACAAUUGCUCUUGCAGAAAUGUUAGAACUGAAAGCAGAUCCCACUGGUCCAGUGGAAGGAACAGUAAUAGAGUCUUUCACAGACAAAGGAAGAGGUCCUGUUACUACAGCUAUAAUUCAAAGAGGAACUUUAAGAAAAGGCUCUGUUCUGGUUGCUGGAAAAAGUUGGGCAAAAGUUCGCUUAAUGUUUGAUGAAAAUGGAAAAACAAUGGAUGAGGCCUAUCCCAGCAUGCCAGUGGGAAUUAUAGGCUGGAGAAACCUUCCUUCUGCAGGAGAAGAAAUUCUUGAAGUUGAAUCUGAGCAAAGGGCACGUGAAGUGGUUGACUGGAGGAAGUAUGAACAAGAACAGGAGAAAUGUCAAGAGGAUAUGAAAAUAAUAGAAGAAAAGCGAAAGGAACACCAAGAAGCACAUUGGAAAGCCCGUGAGAAGUAUGGCAACAUGCAGUGGAAGGAGAGAGCAUAUCUAAAGUAUUUAGAAAGAAAAGGACAAACAUUCUUAAGGCCAAAAGAGAAAACAGAAAGAGAUUCAAAUGUACUUCCUGUGAUUAUUAAAGGUGAUGUUGAUGGUUCUGUUGAGGCCAUUUUGAACAUUAUAGAUACCUAUGAUGCUUCACAUGAAUGUGAACUAGAAUUAAUACAUUUUGGAGUAGGUGAUAUAAGUGCAAAUGAUGUUAACCUUGCUGAAACAUUUUAUGGUGUUAUAUAUGGCUUUAAUGUGAAUGCGGGCAAUGUUAUCCAACAGUCAGCUGCAAAAAAAGGAGUAAAAAUUAAACUUCACAAAAUAAUUUACCAUCUUGUUGAAGAUUUGCAAGAUGAACUGAGCAGCAGAUUACCUUGUGCUGUGGAAGAGCACCCAGUAGACGCAGUUUUGCUCUUGUUGCCCAGGCUGGACAGCAAUGGCACAAUCUGAACUCACUGCAGCCUCCACCUCCUGGGUUCAAGCGUUUCUCCUGCCUCCACCUCCCAAAAUAGCUGGGAUUACAGGCGCCAACCACCACUCCUGGCUAGUUUUUGUAUUUUUAGUAGAAAUAAUGUUUCACCAUGUUGGCCAGGCUGGUCUUGAACCCCUGACCUUGGAUGAUCUGCCCGCCUCAGCCUCCCGAAGUGCUGGGAUUACAGGUGUGAGCCACUGCACCUGGCCCUAUAACAGUUUUAAGUUUCCAGAAAAAACUACAAGAGAAAUACAAGGAUCUCCUGUGUGUGUAUCUUUUAUUUAAUUCACCAGUUGUUUACAUUUUGUCCUAUUUGCCUCAUUUUUGUCCUGCUCCAUAUACACAUGAUUUUUUUCCCCUGGACCAUUUGAGAAUGUUUGAGAUAUUGUGCCCAUUUUCCUCUAAAUAUUUACAUCUGCUUAGCACAAGGAUACUAUCUUAUAAAACCAUAGAACUGAUCAAACUCAGGAAAUUUAACAUUUAUUUAUACAAUGCCAUUAUCUAAUAUACAGUCCCUAUUCACAUUUUGUCCACUGUCCCAACAAUAUGCUUUUUUCCCCUAGUCUAGGAUCAUGGAUUAUAAUAUAUCCAUGUUGUCAUCUCUCUCUAGUUCCAUUUAAUCUGGAACAGUUCUUCAGUUUUUGUCUUUGAGAUAGUCUUACUCUGCCACCAAGCUGGAGUGCAGUGGUGCAAUCUCGGCUCACUGCAACCUCUGCCUCCUGGGUUCAAGCCAUUCUCCUGCCUUAGCUUCCCAAUUAGCUGGGAUUACAGACAUGUGCCACCAUGCCCAGCUAUUUUUUUUGUUUGCAUUUUUAGUAGACACAGGAUUUCACCAUGUUGGCCAGGAUGGUCUCAGACUCCUGACCUCAUGAUCUGCCCUCUGUGGCCCCUCAAAGUGCUGGGAUUACAGGUGUGAACUACCAUACCUGGCCAAUUUUUUUCUGUUUUUGACCUGGACAUUUUGAAGCAUAUUGGCCAGCUAUUUUAUAGAAUGUACCUUAAUUUGGAUUUGUCCAGUGUUUCCAAUGAGAUUUGAUUUUGCAUUUUUGGUCUAUGUGACAGAUUAUUUUAGGUUUUUCUGACCUGCUCAACAUGAUUGUACAGACAUUUUUAUGAUCUUGUGCUAAGAGCAAUUUGGAAAACUGAGUCAUAUGUGGGCUUCUAGGAUUAAGCAAACACACCAGUCAGGUAACACUAACAAAUAGCACCCUAGAAAUUUGGUUCAUUGUAGUGUGUGUUACUUCAUUAUUGGAAUUUGUUUUAAUUUUUAGUCAGUGAAAAAAAACAGACUCAGCCAGGCACAGUGGCUCACACCUGUAAUCUCAGCACUUUGGGAGGCCAAGGUGGGCGGAUCACCUGAGGUUGGGAGUUUGAGACCAGCCUGUCCAACAUGGAGAAACCUUGUAUCCACUAAAAAUACAAAAUUAGCCAGGCAUGGUGGUGCAUGCCUGUAAUCCCAGCUACUCAGGAGGCUGAGGCAGGAGAAUCGCUUGAACCCAGGAGACGAGGUUGCAGUGAGCUGAGAUGGCGCCAUUGCACUCCAGCCUGGGAAACAAGAAGGAAACUCCAUCUGAGGGGGGCGAGCGGGCAGAAAACCAGACUCAAAAUUAGUACUCCUAAGUAGAUAUAAAUUACUCAUGGCAAGAUGAAAAACGAGGCCAGGCACAGUGGCUCACGUGUGUCAUCCCAGCACUUCUGGAGGGUGAGGUAGGAGCACUGCUUGAGGCCAAGAAUUCAAGACCAGCCUCCAAAACAAAAAAGCUAAAAAAAAUUAUUUGGGCAUGGUGGCAUACACCUGUAGUCUUAGCUAUCCAAGAGGAUUGCUUGAGCCCAGGAGCUUGAGGGUACGUUGAGCUAUGAUUGUGCCACUGUACUCCAGCCUGGGUGAUCCAUCUGUAAAAAAAUUUUUUUAAAAGAUAAUUAAAAAGAGGCCGGGCGCGGUGGCUCAAGCCUGUAAUCCCAGCACUUUAAGAGGCCGAGGCGGGUGGAUCACGAGGUCGAGAGAUUGAGACCAUCCUGGUCAACAUGGUGAAACCCCGUCUCUACUAAAAAUACAAAAAAUUAGCUGGGCAUGGUGGCGCAUGCCUGUAAUCCCUGCUACUCGGGAGGCUGAGGCAGGAGAAUUGCCUGAACCCAGGAGGCAGAGGUUGCGGUGAGCCGAGAUCGCGCCAUUGCACUCCAGCCUGGGUAAGAAGAGCGAAACUCCAUCUCAAAAAAAAAAAACAAAAAAGAUAAUUAAAAAGAAAUCAAGUAAUGAUAAUCUACUCUAGAAAAUAUAUUGAAGCAAAGCUUAAAACAAGGUUUUCAUGGAAUAGACAAGAUAUAGGCAAAGUUGGCUGGAUACAGUGGCUCAUACCUGUAAUCCCAGCACUUUGAGAGGCUGAGGUGGUAGAUCACUUGAGGUCAGGAGUUUGAGAACAGCCUAGCCAACCUGGUGAAACUUGUCUCUACUAAAAAUACAAAAAUUAGCUGGAUGUGGUUGUGGGUGCCUAUAAUCCCACUACUCGGGAGGCUGAGGCUUGAGAAUUGCUUGAACCCCGGAGGUGGAGGUUGUAGUGAGCCGAGAUAAUGCCACUGCACUCCAGCCUGGAUGACAGAGUGAGACUCCAUCUCAGAAAAAAAAAAAAAAGUAUAGCUGAAGAGUUUCAUGCCUUUGUAUUCUUAAUAUUGGUGAGGAAAAUAAAGUUGGAGUUAAAGAAACCCAGACUUUUUUCUAUGCAUGAAUUUGGAUUUUGGUCGUACCUUGAAUCCUUACACUACAGAAUGUCAGAAAUUGCACAUUUCUCAGACUCUUUAGUUUUCUGUACAUUAAUG